UUCUCUGCAAAAAUGACAAUAAUUGAAAAUAAGAAUAGCUACAACAGAACUCAAUUAAUUACCAGUACUAACUAUACUAAUAUAAGAAAAUAGUAUGAGACAACCAAUAAAAGAAAGAUGUGACAUUUAGUACUCCAGAUGAGAUGAACAUAUUAGGUGAAAACCAAAAUUAAUUCAUUUUCAAGAAGAUGUUGAAGUAUUGUGGCUUGAAGAUAAUAAACAAGAAUAAUGAACAUUUUCUUUUCCUGAAUCAGCCCCAAUCAGAUAGUACAAAGAACAAAUAUGGAAAAAGACAACACAUAUGACAAAAACGACAUUGCAAUUUGCCAAGCAUUAUUUUAAGAUAAUCCACCAAAACUACAUUACCUAUUCCUAAAAGCAAAAGAAGUUUUGUAUAUCUGCAUAGUAGAUUCCGUCAAUUCAUCAUUGAAAGGUACAAACUUUGGCCUUCCCUGAGAACAGGGGAAAAAUCACCAUCAGCAAGUUAGUAAUAUUCUCCUCCAACCCUCCAUCCAACACUCCAACAGCUUUCACAAGAUUUAAACAAUUAUCUAAAGGGGUGAGGGGUAAUGGGAGCAUUGAGUCAAUACUUGUGAUCUUCGAAGCCUUUGAAUUUCCUUCUCAGACAAAUCAUGUUUUCCUAGACGGUACCUUGACUGUUGGACUAAUUUGGUUCAACAAGAUCAGUAUAAGAGUUAUGAGUAAUAAUAUUUUUACCUAUAUGACUGUGACUUUUCUGGGAAUCUACCUGAUCCAUCUGUUCUUGAGGUGUCUUAGGUCUCUCCUCAUUGUUUGUAUUGUUUUUGUUAUUCUUCUUUUUUUGAGUUUGCCACUGUUCUUCCUGGUGAUAUGGCUCUUCUUCUUGGUAAUGAUGCUGCCUUGAGUCUAUCUGUGAUGUUGUAUUAUUUUUUCCUGUCAGUCGACUACAUAUCAAUUUCAGGACUCUUUGUGUGGACUUUGCAGGUUAUAUACUUAAUGGAUAAAAGUUGGAUAAAUAUAUUGAAUAGGCUUGAUCCUUUAUAUGAGAAUGGAGCCAAAGAGUUUCUUCAUUUUGCAUCAUUAGAUAGGCCAGAUGCAUCUGCAAUAUUGUGUCCAUGUCGAAAGUGUCGUAAUAUGAAAUUUGUUCGAAAAGAUUUGAUUGUUGAACAUAUUGUGGUUGAUGGAUUUCUAACUAGUUACACUAGUUGGAUUUAUCAUGGUGAGGAGCUAUUUUCAUCAAAAUUGGUCAAUCAGUUAGAUAAAGGUGAUGAGAUGCAAGACAUGUUACAUGAAGCAUUUGGAAUUCCUCCUACAUCUAAUUUUGUUGAUAUGGACACUAGUGCUGAAGGAUUUGAUGGGUCAAAUCAACAUAACAUGGGUUUUGAUAAGAAGACUGAAGAACAUGGGUUACAAUAAUGAACAUAUUUUUUCAUUAAGUAGUUUCUGGUUUCUGCCUUUUUUGGGAACUGCGAGUUUUUUUUUUUGGGAUAUGAGUCUUUUAACUAUCAGAAAUACUUACAAAGAGAUAAAAGAAAUUUAGAGUUUUUGGCUAAAAACAUCUCUCAACUAUACCCCAAACUUAAAGUACAUCCUUGUAAUAUCAUAGUGAACAAGGAACAUCCUUCAACUAUUGAAAAUCUAGCAAGUUUCACCCUUCUGUCAAGAACUGCUUGAAAUCUAAUAGAGCAUUUUGAAAGUCAUGUGAUACUACUAUAGUUUCCCUAUUUGCAACUAGGUUCUUUUUUUUAAUCAUAGUCAAUCUUCUUCCUCCUUAAGUUGGUUAACCGGUAGAUUCAACAUCGAUCAUCUCUAAAUAUUAGUACUUCGUCUUUCUGCUGACGCCAUUGAGUGCUCACAGUGAAAGAGCAGAAACAAAAUGAAAGAUAGAAAAUAGGAGAUUUUGUAAAUAUGUAUUAUAAUGUGAAUGAAACGAGAAAUAUGUUAGUAGCAUUACCAGAUGAAAUAUGCACAAGAUGUAAUUGGAUUGACAUUUCUGACACUUUUAUGAUUUUUUUUUUUUUUGCCAAAGCAUAUACAUAUACAUUAGCAUAAUAACAAUAAGUUGUUAGCUCUUAGCUAAAUUUUGAUUGCUAAAAAUAAAGAACCAAAUUGAGAGGGAAAAUAUUUCCUGUUUUUGUAGAAUAUGGACACUGUUACCUUCAUUGGUUUUGGAUCAUUAUCGAAAAAAACUAACUAUACUUGCUAUUGCCUUUAAUUUACCUUAUUCUAAUUAAGAGUAAAGACAGUCUGAACAACACAUAUACCGCAUAUGAAAACAAUCAUGAGUUAAAAUUCAUAUUUCUGAGAAAUGAGAGAAUGUGAAGUGUUCAAAUCUGAGGAGGUUUUUAGUGAAUUUCACCCACUCCGUUAGAUUUUUAACGGUCUUUAACUAAUGGAUGGGAUUUGUUAAUGUUUAGAUAUUUGAAGGAUGUUUUUUGUUAACUAUGAUAUUACAAGGAUGUGCUUUUAAGUUUAUAGUAUAGAUCUCGUAAGUGGUACAAUAGUUAUUUAAAAUGACUCGACCUAGGAGAGGAUUAUUGGAUUGUUGGAUAUACUCUUAUUGAGAUUUCUCUUAAAGAUUCAAGUUUGAACCAGACUAUAAACAAUUUCUUUGGACUAUGAUGUUUACAGAACUUCUAUUGUUGUUCUGCUUUUAAUGUUUGAACUGCCACAGAGUAACUAGGAAAGUCAUGUCUCUUUCCUAUGGGGAAGUAUCAAGCAGGAUACCAAAAUUCUGGUAUUGUGUUGCUUCGACUCUUAAAGAUAUGUUUGUUUGUUUUGUUGAAGCAAGCAUAUAUCUUCUUUUUUUUAUUUUCCUUCUGGAAAAAUUGGCACACUUAUGUAUUCAAUGAAAUGUUAAGUUUUGUAUUUCGUAAAGUAUCAAAAUAAUCAAUUUAAUGUUUUU